AUGCACCCGGCGACACCUGCCGCCUUCCUCGCGCUCAUGGCCUUGGCGCUCUUCGCCUGCUGCCUCCGCUACUGCCGCCGCCCUCGCUCGAUCGAGAGGCAGACGAUGAUUGGACGCGCCGCCGCCCGCUCCGACGGGCGACCCCGCCGGGCGACCCCGCCACGCAGGGCUCACCGGCUCGCCGGCAGUGGCACCGGAUCCGGCAGCAGCAAGCAACUCUUCGACACUGCCUUCGAAAGCGCUCUGCGCAGCGGCGGCUUGGGCGGGUGGCCAAAGCCUCUCCGCAUCGCUCAGGGGCAGCACCAGCUGCAGGAACAGCUGCAGGACCGCGGCUCGCGGGGCGGGGCGGACGAUCACGCGCUCAUCGAGAUCUCGCCGUACGACAACACGUCGGGCGUGGGUGUGCAUCGGAGCGACAGCGUCGAGAGCCGCCUCAGCGACGAGGCGUCAUCCUCCGCGUCCACCGUCUGCUCUGCCUGCCCGCUGACGGCGAGCGGCGCUUCCGCCGCGGGCAGUAGCGCGUCCUCGAGGUCGACGCGGAGAGCGUUUGCGGGCAGCGCGGCGCUCGAGAUCGACACGGAGAGCUUCACCCUCGAGUCUUGGCUGGUGGAGUGA